AUGGCCGACAUCAAGACGGGCAUCUUCGCCAAGAACGUGCAGAAGCGACUCAACCGCGCGCAGGAAAAGGUCCUCCAGAAGCUGGGGAAAGCUGAUGAGACAAAAGAUGAACAGUUCGAAGAAUAUGUUCAGAACUUCAAACGUCAAGAAGCAGAGGGUACCAGACUUCAGCGAGAACUCCGAGGAUAUUUAGCAGCAAUCAAAGGCAUGCAGGAGGCAUCGAUGAAGCUCACCGAGUCGCUGCACGAAGUUUAUGAGCCGGACUGGUACGGGCGGGAAGACGUGAAGAUGGUCGGCGAGAAAUGUGAUGUACUGUGGGAAGACUUCCAUCAAAAACUAGUGGAUGGGUCCUUGCUGACUCUGGACACCUACCUGGGCCAAUUUCCUGAUAUAAAGAAUCGCAUCGCAAAACGCAGCAGGAAGCUGGUGGAUUACGACAGCGCCCGCCACCACCUGGAAGCGCUGCAGAGCUCCAAGAGGAAGGACGAGGGUCGGAUCUCUAAGGCUGAAGAGGAAUUUCAGAAAGCACAGAAAGUGUUUGAAGAGUUUAAUGUUGACUUACAAGAAGAGUUGCCAUCGUUAUGGUCGAGACGAGUUGGAUUUUAUGUCAAUACUUUCAAAAACGUCUCCAGCCUUGAGGCCAAGUUUCAUAAGGAAAUUGCAGUGCUCUGCCACAAGCUGUUUGAAGUGAUGACGAAGCUGGGCGACCAGCACGCCGACAAGGCCUUCACUAUCCAAGGCGCUCCCAGCGAUUCGGGUCCUCUGCGCAUUGCAAAGACGCCAUCCCCACCCGAGGAGCCUUCACCCCUCCCGAGCCCGACAGCAAGUCCGAACCAUGUGCUAGCACCUGCGUCUCCUGCACCUGUGCGGCCCAGGUCACCUUCGCAGACGAGGAAAGGGCCCCCUGUCCCACCUCUGCCUAAAGUCACCCCAACGAAGGACUUGCAGCAGGAGAACAUCAUCAGUUUCUUUGAGGACAACUUUGUUCCAGAAAUCAGUGUGACGACACCUUCCCAGAAUGAAGUUCCUGAGGUGACAAAGGAGGAGACUCUGCUGGAUCUAGACUUUGACCCUUUCAAGCCUGAGGUGGCCCCUGUGGGUUCUGCCGGAGUGACCCACUCACCCAUGUCUCAGACAUUGCCCUGGGACCUGUGGACGACAAGCACUGAUUUGGUACAGCCGGCUUCUGGUGGUUCAUUUAAUGGAUUCACCCAGCCCCAGGAUACUUCAUUAUUCACAGUACAGACAGACCAGAGCUUCAUCUGCAACCUGGCUGAAUCUGAACAGGCUGCACCCCCAGAGCCAAAAGCAGAGGAGCCCCCUGCUGCUGCCACCCCUGCUGUUCGGCUGGACCUCGGACUGGACACUCGGGCCGAGGAGCCAGGGGAGGAGGCAGAGAUCGUACCUGGAACUGAUGCGGAUGUAGCUGUUGGAGCCAUGGUGUCUGUGGCCGAGGACGGCCCGGUGGAGGAAGCAGAGGCAGAUGAGGCCGCGCUCCCUGCUGGGGGAGGAGGAAGCUUAGAGGAGGCCAGAACUGACGCUGAAACCAGCGAGGCUGCAGAUGGUGACAGACCUCAACCAGAAGAGAUGGAAGCAGCAGGGCCCCAGGACAAGGUCAUCCCCUGUGUCGUCAUAGAGCCUGCCUCCAACAACGAAGGGGAGGGAGAGCACGAGACCAGCACAGGUGCAGAGCCCCAGGAGGCCACCGAGGACGCGGCUGCCCCAGGACCCAGCGAGUCUCCGGCGCCGGCCUCGGAGCAGAAGCCGCCGGAGGAGCCUCAGCCCGCGGGGGCCACCGAGCCACCUGUGCCCACAGGGGAGGCCACGCAGCCUGUGCCCCCCGGCUUCCUCUACAAGGUGGAAACACUGCAUGAUUUUGAGGCAGCAAAUUCUGAUGAACUUACCUUACAGAGAGGUGACGUGGUGCUGGUGGUCCCCUCGGAUUCCGAAGCUGACCAGGACGCAGGCUGGCUGGUGGGAGUGAAGGAAUCAGACUGGCUCCAGUACAGAGACCUUGCCACCUACAAGGGCCUCUUUCCAGAGAACUUCACCCGACGCUUGGAUUAG